CUCCUGCCCUGCCUGCCAGCCCAGCCUUAAAAGCUGAGUCCAUCUCUUGUUGCAGAAGAAGCUGGUGUCAGCAACAUGAAGCUGAAUUUCAGUGGCCUGAGGGCCCUGGUGACAGGGGCAGGGAAAGGGAUUGGGCGUGACACUGUGAAGGCCCUGCACGCCUCAGGAGCCAAAGUUGUGGCGGUGAGUCGGACGCGAGAGGACCUGGACAACCUUGUCCGCGAGUGUCCUGGUGUGGAGCCUGUGUGUGUGGACCUGGCCGACUGGGAGGCCACAGAACAGGCCCUAAGCAACGUGGGACCGGUGGACCUUCUGGUGAACAAUGCCGCUGUGGCUCUGUUGCAGCCCUUCCUGGAGGUCACCAAGGAGGCCUGUGACGUGUCCUUCAGUGUGAAUCUUCGGGCUGUCAUCCAGGUGUCUCAGAUUGUGGCCAGGGGCAUGAUAUCUCGGGGAGUUCCAGGGGCCAUUGUGAAUGUCUCCAGCCAGGCCUCCCAGCGCGCACUGACCAACCAUACUGUCUACUGUUCCACCAAGGGUGCUCUGGAUAUGCUGACCAAGAUGAUGGCCCUAGAGCUUGGGCCCCACAAGAUCCGAGUGAAUGCAGUAAACCCCACAGUAGUGAUGACACCUAUGGGCCGGACCAACUGGAGUGACCCCCACAAAGCUAAGGCUAUGCUGGAUCGCAUCCCACUUGGCAAGUUCGCUGAGGUGGAGAAUGUGGUGGACACCAUUCUCUUCCUACUGAGCAACCGAAGUAGCAUGACCACUGGCUCCACUUUGCCCGUGGAUGGGGGCUUCCUGGCUACCUGAGCCCCCCCACCAAUACUCUGCUUAGCUUUAUGCUCAGAACAUUGUGCCUUCCCACCCCUGCAAUAAAUUUUAGCUCUCUGCUCAGCCUGUGUGCUGAUUCUCCAAUAGGCACAGAUUUGUGCCACUUGUGACCCAAAGGAGGUGUUACCUGGUUCCCACACUUUCAGCCUCGACAGCUGCUUGGCAUGGGUAGAAGUAGUCGGAUUUUCUAGAAGGCUGGAUCCUCAAGAGGUUGGUCAACUUGUCUAAAGACAGCCCAUCCAGAAGUUUCUAGGUGGAGCUGUGGAUUUUUGCUAAGAACUAAACCAACAGCUCCAUGUGUUUUUAACAUGGCUGCUAGCUGACCCUGCUUACACUCAGUGGCUAGCACACACACCAAAAGAAGCUAGGUGGUAGACAUUACUCAUUUGGCAAUGAGCUAAACAACUUCUCUGUUGGAUUGGAGUCCCAACUGUUUUCGAACACUUGAACAUUGCCACAACUUUCAUUCUGUGCUAUUUACAACAUGGUGAGAGUCCUAGUAUAUUUAAUUUGCAAUAUCUCACUUCCAACAGCCUGGGCCACUGAUAAGUCCAGCCCUGAUCAGUUUGUUGUACCCCAAGGUGUGAAACUUCCACCAGAGCUGACUUUCAAACUGUUCAUCUGAUAUCAUUUGAUGUGGAGUUGAAGGGGACAUGGAAGUGAGGAGGCCCAUAGUAGGACCCCAUAUAUACAGUAUCAUGAGGUAUAGAGGGAAGGGACAUAUUUGUUAAUUUUGUUCUCAGCACAACUAAUUGUAAAUUGAUGUGAUUUAAUUAUUAAUAAAAGUUUUUCACUGGCUG